AUGACGACCGCGGAAUUACUGACACAAAUUCUGAUCGAACGGACGCCGACGCAGACUCGGACACCGGCUUCUCAAUGGCUGAGAUAUCGUCCACAGAGACUCUCACCGAGGGUCCUCUUUCGACCUUCAAAGAAUCAGUACAUGCAGAAGACUAUCCAGGCUCCGAAUGGAACAAGGGGUACCGAUGAGGAAGCCAGGCCGUGCCACGUAAUUGUUUUUCGGUCGAAGGAACCUUAUGAUCUUACGACCAUUUCGAAGGGCUUACUGCAGAGAACUUUAAGUCAAAUAACCGGCUUAAUCAAUGAAGAACUUACGUUCAGGCUGAAUAGGGACACCAACACAAUCUCAGUCAUGGUACAUUCGAGAGACGCCGCAGAAAAGCUUUUGGCGCUGCACUCUCUCACCGCAGAGGAUAGAGCCGUAUCGGUGGUGACCCACGAGAUGGUGACCCACGAGAUUCCCCCAAAGGACACAGUACGCGGCGUGGCGCACGGCAUUGACUGCGGAGAGACCUCGGACACUUUAGGGAGUGCUCUACGGUCCAAAACACACGAGGUCCUAUACGCCAGACUUCUCGGCAAAAACGGGCUGGCCAUAGUGACAUUCCGCGGAACCAAUGUGCCAAACUCUAUCGUAUACAGAGGGAGCAUCAUAAGAGUCACGCCGUAUGUGUCUCACACAGUGCAGUGCUCUAGAUGCCAAGGCCUAGGACACAAGCAACACGUGUGCACCCGCGUGCUGAGAUGCCCCGAUUGCGGGUGGCUGAAGCAGGAACACCACGUGUGCGGACGCAAGUAUUGUAUCAACUGCCGAUCCCACGGCAACCACCUUGCGACCGAUCCCAAGUGCCCCACCAAGCUGCGGGUGGACCGAAGACUUCAAGACAGAGGCCACGCAAACGGUAACCAGGCAACUCGAGACAACGAUAGAUGCCGUAACCCCUCGGGAGGCCGCGGCAGGAGCAGGCCUCGUAGCCCGCCCGAUGUCACGCUAAAAGACUACCCUCAAGUAAUAGCUACACACAACAGAUAUGCCGCGCUCGGCACGUUUUCUGACGGGAAAGAAGAGAACGAGAUACUGAAAAACAAACCGAGAGUUACAAGUAAGAGCACAACAAGGCGUGAUGUACCAGUGUCACGCCAACUCUUGAACAACGCGAAUCGGCGAGACGAGGCCGCGGAAUUCCAAAAGCGCCAACCUAAGACGCCGAGACCGCAGCAACAAGCUGGAACGUAUGCCCAAGCGGUGCACAAAAUGCUCAAGACAGUUUAUUAUGCGGACAGUGACACUGAGGCGCAGGCCUGGAUGGAAGAACUGCGGUCUAUCGGCGAAGCCCGCAAGAAAAGUGCGAAAUGA